AUGCUCUCGGUCUAUGAGGCCAACCCGCACAUGGUGUCUGAGGAGGUUUUCACCUUCCCCGAGGCUGCCGAGGAUGCCCUAGAAAAUUCAUCAGUUUCCCCUCCAAAGCCGACGUUCGCUGCAUACGAUCGGCAGAGGGCCCUCUCAGGU